UUCUCUCCUCCAGGUUUUCCGCAGGCUUCUCCUUUUUUGGGCUGGGUUUGGAUGUGCAGAAAUUUGGGUUCAACAUCUACUGGACACAACUGCUGUUUACAGUCGUGGAUUUCCCCAUGAAGCUGCUGACGGGCCUGAGCAUGGGCUACUUUGGCCGCCGAAUCACUGCCAUCUCUUUGCAGCUGGCGGCCGGUUGCGUGAUCCUUGUCACCUCAUUUCUUCCUCGAGACUUGAAUACCUUUAAGAUGAUCCUCUGUUUGUUUGGGAAAGGGAGCCUGGCCGGCUGUUUCAGUUGUCUCUACCUAUACACCAUGGAGCUCUUCCCAACCGAAGUCAGGCAGACCGGGAUGAGUGCUGGGAUCUUCAGCACACGCCUGGGCUCCCUCUUGUCCCCCCUGGUCUACAUCCUGGGCAACCAUAGCCCAGUGCUACAGCCGGUGAUGUUUGGCCUGGUCCCUAUCCUGGCAGCCACAGCGGGCUCCUUCCUGAUAGAGACCAACAACCAGCCGUUGCCGAACACCAUCCAGGAGACAGAGAAGAGAGUGAAGAUGGCUCGUGACAAGCAAAGAAACGUCAGUGAAAAUACCACAAAGAAAGGAUUGGCCUCACUUCUCCCAGAAAAGACAAAAGUCGAAUGUACGGUGUGAUUUCUCUGGACCCACACCUAUAUUCUGAAUGGCCCUUCCUCUCUCUUCACUUUCUCAUGUUUUGGAAAUGUGACACGUCUUGCCAAGGAAAUGCGGUGGCACCCCGCUUGACCACUAUGGACAGCAACGAUAGGGCUGUGCUCUGGAAAUAUUAUAAGGCAGAUGAGUCAUUCGACUUAGAGACCAACGAGAAAUGACACGUAUUGGACAAUCUGUGACACUUGAAUAUGAAGAAUGAGCUUUAAGUAGAUAUGAAGGGAUCCGUCGAUUUUGUGAAGUGGCAUCAGGUAACAGAAGCCAACGUCCCUUUUUAAAAAAGAAAAAAGAUGUGAAGCUGAAGUAUUUAGGAAUGAAAUGAAACAUCGGGAAUUUGCUUUAAAAUUCUAGAAAAGUGGACAGAGUGAGUGCCAGGGUUGAAGCAGGGAGUUCCUUGAUCUUCCUACUUUGGGACGUGUUUGGAAAAAUUUUUAAGAUUUUAUUUAUUUAUUUGGCAGACAGAUCACAAGUAGGCAGAGAGACAGGUGCAUGGGGGUCAGGGGGCAGGCUCCCUGCUGAGAGAGAGCCUGAUGUGGGGCUUGAUCCCAGGACGCUGAGAUCAUACCUGAGCAGAAGGCAGGGGCUUAACCCACUGAGCCACCCAGGCGCCCUGUUUGGAAAUUUUUAUGAUUGAAAUAUUUUUCAAGUCCAACAGCUUUUUUCUAUGAUUAAUCUAAAACAAUGACAUGAUGGCUGAAAACGUCCCCCCAGGCUGCCUCCCCAAGGGUUUUGUCUCCUUGGUGGUGGCUCUUAUCAGACCCUGAAACCCUUAGUAGCUGCAGCUCAAGGUCAUAUCCUACAUUGCCUGUGGAUGACCCAACCAGCUCUCUGGCGAGCAGCCCAGGGAGGCAGCCCAGAUCACAGGGUGAAUGCCUGAGACUCCAAAAGGCCAAAAACCUAGCAGAGCUUCCAAAGAGAGGUGGUGAGGGGCGUGUCCAAGAUGUUGAUCAGAGCGCUGUUGACAUCGCUUGCUAGUUACUGAUAUCGCUAAGUUUGGUAAUGGUCAUUUGAUAUACAAGGACAUAUGCUUGAGACCCACAGGGCUUCGGUAUGGAGAAGAGCCUCCUGAAUUUCUGAAAAUCAAGGUGUCCGCUGGUUAUCACUGAGCUUCUCUAUCCAGCAUGGGCAUGUAAAUGUAUGUAUUUUUUUUUCCCUACACCUACGUUUUCUCUAACAUAGAAGACAGAGGAUUAUUGCAGUGUUCAUGUUUUUGUUACUAGCCUCUGAACUAAUGAUGUUAAAUAGAAUACAAAAAAAUUCAGCUAAGUUUCUCAAAUGCUAAUUCAUAUUUUGUUAUUUCUGUUUGUUGUUUACUUAUUUAUCUGCUUUAAGUAUGAACGAUUAACCAAUAUUCAAUUCUCGUUUGAAUUAUGAUUAUGAAUUAUAUCAUGGUUUGUUUUUAGAAAUAAAAAUCCCUUUUUUGAAAA